AUGAAGAACUUAGACCAGCAUGAUACACCUAAGCACGGGGAGACCAGCCUCCUGGGUGAACAGUUCUGGGAAAAUGCGACGGGACAUGCUCAGCAACUUGCUGCAAGUGAGGGACAAGCCCUAAUCACGAGACCAACUGGUCAAUUGCCUCGGAGCUCUGCUCAGUCGCCUUCCAAGAAUCUUGUUCAGACUACAGUCACGAGCUCUUCUGAGAAGGGUUCAAAGAAUAGUCAUUUCCAACUCUCUCAGCUUGCUUCCUUCAAUAGUCUCCGACUCCGAAGUAUCGUUCAUCCCUCCCCGGCAGGGACUGAUACCACAACAUCACCAACAAAGAGUCAGAAGAGUCCAAAGAAAGGUAGCUUACAUCUUCCAAAACUGCCUUCAUUCAAGACUCUCAGUCUCAAGCGCCGUGGGCCCAUCCUCGCGUCGACUUCAGGAAUUGUUCAAGUCGAGAAGACUACUCGUCCAUCCAUCCUAUCUCCUUCCACUUUCCUCCCUCUUGAACCUCCUAAAUCCCCUAUUCCUCCCAUCCCCAAAGCUCCCCGUCCUGCUUUUCGUUCCCUAUACAGAGGACCUUCUGCUACCUACAUGGAUAUUGCACCCCCAACCACCUCUGACAGUGUGCCACCUUCUACCACUGUGGCUCCUGGUUAUCUUAGCAGAGCCAGCUUUCAAGAAUGGCUCGAUCGAGAGAGCGAUACUCAACCCGAAAUUGAGACACCUCCUCACUCAACCCACAGUUCUCGUAUCAGCUUGAUGGCCUGUCUCAAUAAGGGCGGCUCAUGGGAUAACAUCCCCCGUACCAAGUCGGUCCUGAAACUCAACAUGUUUUUCGAUGCUAUCAAGGUCCACCCCAAAAAUCCUGUUGAUCUCGAUGAUGACCAGACUACUGAGAAGGGUGCCAUGACUGACAAAGUCACUAUGGUCGACAAGGCCACCAUGACCAACUUCGACAACGAGGGCUCCGCAACCGACCCCACAUCUCCCACCACCAACACCACCACCAUGGUCGGCGGUGCCAUCGAUACCUUCUAUGAGACUGCCACGGAUGACCAGGAAACUGACCACUCUGCGGAGGAGCCAGAGGAUGAGAUCGUCAUCACAAUUCUCUCGCUGGAGCAGGUGCGGCCUUUGGGCGAGUUUCGCAACCUGCGUGUGUUGAAGUUGACUGGUAUGAUGAAGUCAUACCAGCCCAUCAUCUGGCAAACUGUGUGGGUCAACCCUCAACUGACCAUCCUGGAGUUGGAGAUGGCAGUUGGCUUGGAGAUUAACAAGCCACUUGGCCCAAGUGAAUGGAAGGCCAUCGAAAAGGGAUGGGUGAUGAGCGUCAAGUCCUGUGCCACGCCCGUGUACUAUGGUUACAAUGGCAACGGAGAGAUCUGGCACCGAAUUGGGUACGGCGAGUACCUUGACAAGUUCUGCAUCGAGAGGGCAAAGGUGGUUGCCCUGAGCUCUGGUUUCCCUGUCCCCUCCUACCUCCCGGUCAAGUAUCUCACCUUGACCGGCUUCGCUGUGGACGGAGACCCCUUCGGAGUGUGGUUCCGGAACCUCGAAGAGGUUCACUUCAAGAAGGACUGCAUCGACUGCGGUUUCUGGCUGUCUCGCGCCCAGCGAAACGUUCGAGUUCGUCACUCGAACGAGUACGGAGUGGCUCGGGGUGCGGACGGGCCCUCCGAGGCUGGCUCAAUCGUAGAGCUCGGUGAAGAGGCGCUGGCUGAGCUCACCGCCGCGGUGAAAGGCCUGGGGGUCUUGAGGAAGUGA